AUGGACAUCCCCAUCAGCACCAGAGACUUCCGCUGCCUGCAGCUGGCCUGUGUGGCCCUCGGCCUGGUGGCUGGCAGCACCAUCAUCGGUGUCUCCGUGUCCAAGGCUGCAGCUGCUGUGGGUGGUAUCUUUCUUGGUGCCGCUGGUCUUGGGCUCCUCAUCUUCGCCUACCCCUUCCUGAAGGCUCGGUUCAAUCUGGACCACAUCCUACCUGCACUAGGAAACCUAAGAGUCCAUCCUAACUCAGGACCAGACCAUGGGGAGGGAAGGUCUAACAACAGCAGCAAUAAGGAAGGAGCCCGUAGCAGCCUGUCCACUGUGACCAGAACCCUGGAGAAGCUGAAGCCUGGAGGCCGGGGAACUGAGGAGAGCUAAGGCACUGCCUCCUAUCCCUCCCUCCCCUCUCCUGGUACUGCUAUCUCAGGGCUCUCCUUCAAGCUAGAAGAUCCAGAGAUGAUCCCUGGGGAUAGUGGACCUACCUUCUCUUCCAGUGAGGUUCUUCAUAGCAGAUCUCCUCACUUCUGGCAUUGUUGCAUGACCCACAGGGCCCCAAUGGCUUCACUCUCUCCCCUGGGCUCAUCCCCUGGACAACAUCUCAACUUUGUUCCCUUGUUGAUCUCUUGUUGGGAUUUGGUUCAGGGUCGUGACUGCAGCCAGAGACGGUUGUUUUAUCCUGACCAUAGAAUCUGACCACAGGAACCACAGAUGGGGCUCCUAGCUGAGACUGUCAUGUCUAUGUCAGGAGCACAAAUGACCAUGAGCGAGGUGACUUUCCCGCUAAGCUCAGUGCUGACACCAUUGCUGUUGUACUUCUCCACCCAGGACUCCUCAGCACCUGGCUCCAGACAGCCCCCAGAAGCUCCUGUUCUCCCCACUUCUCUUUGCAAGGAAAAGACUCCCUGCUCCCUCUAAAAGGCCCGCUCAGAAUCCCAUAGUUACACCCCCCUCUUGUCCUAUUCUAGCAGCCUGUGUCUCCCUUUCUCUUGGAACCUCCAGGAAGGCUUGAAUUCUUUUUCUCAAAAACAACUGUGGGGAUGGAGAGAUGGCUCAGAGGUUAGGAGCACUGACUGCUCUU